AUGAACAGCGCUGUGGACGGAAAUACCAAAGCGCCCGAAGCCGGGGCUACCGCCGGUGGGCCCUCCAUGAUGAAGAAAAUGUUCCGUGGCGUCAAGAAGAUUACGGCUCGUCACGCCAAGAGCGAUGUGGAACGCAGCUACAAACUUGGCGCCGAGCUUGGAACUGGCAACUUUGCCGUCGUUCGGCUCGCUGAGCACCGCCAGACCCGUCAGAAAUACGCUUGCAAAAUCAUCAACAAAGCCCUCUGCGCCGGCAAGGAGGACAUGAUUGAGACUGAGGUCUCCGUUCUCAAGCGCAUUCGCCACAAGUAUAUUGUGGGUAUGGACGAGUGCUUUGAUACCCCCGACAAGUUGUAUCUCAUCCUGGACUACGUCAGCGGGGGUGAGCUCUUUGAUCGGAUUGUCGACGAGGGCAACUUUACAGAAGCCGACGGCAGCCGUAUUACCAAGCAAAUGACCGAGGCCAUCCAAUAUCUUCACAGUCAAGGCAUUGUUCAUCGCGACCUCAAGCCCGAAAACCUCCUGUUUCGGGACCGCUCCCCAAAGUCCGACAUCCUGGUCACUGACUUUGGUCUUGCCAAGCUUCUCAACGAUAACGUCGCCCUCAAAACUGCCUGUGGUACCCCCAACUACGUGGCCCCCGAAAUCCUCAUGCAGCGAGGCUACGGCAAAAUGUGCGACCUCUGGUCCAUUGGUGUCAUUUCUUUCAUCAUGCUCUGCGGCUACCCCCCCUUUUACGACGAGUCGGAUGCCGUCCUCUUUGAGAUUAUCAUGAAGGGUCGUUUCGAGUUUGAUGAGCGCUACUGGCGGGACAUUUCCGAUGAUGCCAAGGACCUCAUCCGCAACAUGCUCAAGGUCGACCCAAUCAAGCGCUAUGACACCUACCAGGUCCUCGAGCAUCCUUGGAUCUCGGGCAAGGUGAAGCUUCCCACCGUCAACCUUUCCAAGAGCGUCAGCAUGAACCUCAAGAAAACAGGUCUCGGCCACAGCCGCCCAGCCAUUGAGACGGAGGAAUCCUCUGCCAGUCGCGCCGUCGGGGCCCGGCCUCACGCCGAGUACACCUCGUCGCCAGCCUAUACGUCGUCGGCGCCUGGCGUCCGGUCUCACAUCGACUACGCCUCGCCUGCUGCCGCCUCGGCCGUCUCCUCAUCUCGCCACACGGCGCCAAGCACCCCGCGCGCUGUCGUGGACCACCUGCGGAGCGUGCCUGACGCUCGCAAAACCAUCGUCUGA